GCAAACGUCUGCUCUCGCGUUUUCCCGCCCAGUACGUCAUCAGCUGUUUGGACUGAUUGAUAACAGAAAGCAAUGGGAGCUUACAUCAGCUGUCACAGGCUUUGACUGCAGGGAUUUGGCUGGCGUGGAGUCCACGUUAGAAGGUUGGCAGAUAUGGUGAGGCACAGCGUGAUGACGGAGUUGCAACCCUUCCAGCCCUCCCUCCAGGGUAACUCCCUGGCUUUGGGCCAAGUAGGGCAAAACUGUGGGAGCAUUCAGGAGAACAGAAAUACCUCAGAGGAGAGACAAAAUCUUUCCCAAGACCCAGCAGAGUGUGAAAAAAGCCAGCCAGUGAACAUCCCAGAUACAGGUAAACGAAAGAAGAAGAAAAGAACUAGAGCGACAGACAGCUCCACUGGCACUUUUGAUGAUCUCUACAAAUUGACUCAUGAGGUGCUCGGCCAGGGAGCAUAUGCUAAAGUUCAAGGAUGUAUCAGCCUGCAGAAUGGACAUGAGUAUGCCGUGAAGAUCAUAGAAAAGAGUGCAGGACACAGCCGCAGCAGAGUCUUUCGAGAAGUGGAGACUCUUUAUCAGUGUCAAGGAAAUAAGAAUAUUUUGGAAUUGAUCGAAUUCUUUGAGGACAACAACUGCUUUUAUUUGGUAUUUGAAAAGCUGCGUGGUGGUUCUAUUCUUACACAUAUCCAAAACCGAAAGCACUUUGAUGAACUGGAGGCUAGUAAGGUAGUGAAAGACAUUGCCCAAGCUCUCGACUUUUUACACACAAAAGGCAUUGCCCAUAGAGACCUUAAGCUAGAAAACAUACUCUGUGAAUACACUGAUCAGGUGUCGCCAGUAAAGAUCUGUGACUUUGAUCUAGGAAGUGGAGUAAAGCUCAGCAGUGCCUGUACACCCAUAACAACCCCAGAGCUCACAACACCAUGUGGCUCAGCAGAGUACAUGGCUCCAGAAGUAGUUGAGGUGUUUACUGAUGAGGCCUCCUUCUACGACAAACGCUGUGAUCUGUGGAGCCUCGGAGUCAUCCUCUACAUCUUACUGAGCGGCAGCCCACCCUUCAUAGGACACUGUGGCUCUGACUGUGGCUGGGAUCGGGGAGAAAGAUGCAGAACAUGCCAGAGUCACCUGUUUGAGAGCAUCCAGCAGGGCAAAUAUGAAUUUCCAGACAAGGACUGGGCCCACAUCACAGUGGGCGCCAAGGACCUCAUAUCAAAGCUGUUGGUUCGGGACGCCACUCUGCGCCUCAGUGCUGCUCAGGUCCUCAAGCACCCUUGGGUGCAGGGGAAUGCUCCAGAGAGAGGUCUUCCAACUCCUCGUGUUCUGCAGAGGAACAGCAGCACCAAAGAUCUGACCCAGUUUGCAGCAGAAGCCAUCGCCUUCAACCGGCAGCUAUCCCAGCACGAGGAGCAGCGGGAGGACGUCGGAGCCAUUGUUUGCUCCAUGAGGCUUUCUCCUCCUUCUAACUCCAGGCUGGCUCGCAGACGGGCACAGUCCAGUGCUCUCCGGCACGGAGACUUUGCACCCGCUUCAGAUGACACCACAGCCUGAGGGUCCUUAACUUCCUUAUCAUGUUAUCUGAAUAAUUUUAGUUACCUUCUGUGUGGACUUUUAUUUUUAUAGGGAGCCUUGUAGGAUCAGUCACACAGUAUGAAAAGUGUUUCUGUUGUUGAAAGUCUUCUCCUUGGCCAGUAGUCUUAUCCGUGAGAGUUUGAACAUCAAGUGUGCAGUUAAACCUCAGCUUCCGCCUACUAAUAGAAAACAGUAAAACUUCCAGGAUUUGACCAGGAGAUACUUUAAGCUGCCUGAGUAUUUUUAGAAAAGGUUUGAUUUUCUUUCAGAACAACUUUGUCUUUAAGAAAUUUACAUAUUGUCUUCACAGGUUGGGUUAGUCAUUGUUACCCAAAACACCAGAAACUGCUCUCAGUGCCAGCAGUUUUUACUAAAAUACAUAUCAUCACCAAAAACAGCAUUUUAAGAAUCAGGACAGCUACGCAGCAGCAGCUGCUGCUGCUUUAAUGCAAUAUCGUCUUAUAGGGAGAUUUUUUUUUACUUUUCUUGUUUUUACAGCUGUGAAUUAGUUAUUUUAUUUGAAAGCUUUUUAGUGACUAAAGAAAAUGGAUUUUUUGUUGCUUUUUUAAAGCAUGUUUCCUUUUCUUUUUUAUAUACAUAUGAUUUUUAUGUGUGAAUGUAUGUGAUUUAAAUGAUAAAACAGACAACACUUAGAGGAGUCUGAGGGUUAAACUGGGCCUUUCCCCUGUUUUACCUGUUGACUCUUUUGUCGAGCUGUGUCUUCAUGACUACCUGAGAGUGUGGCUGGAUCUUAAAGUUUUUUUUCUUCCUUUCUUUCAUGUCAAUACAAGCUACCUGCAGCACUGAUGUACUUUAAAAUAAAUAUCUUAUUUAGUUUGCCCAGAAUGGGAGGUUCUUGUGUUUUUAAAGCUUCACCAAUGAUAUGAUUUUGACACUUAAAAAUAGUAUUUAUCUUUUCAGCGGUUUUGCUAUAACUUCUCAUUGGAGGUCAUGUUUGGUGUUGUGAUGCAGAUUAUUCCAAGAGGUUUGCUUAAUUUCUUAUUGUCUUAGUGGUCUUAUAUAUAUUUUUAAGUCUAAAUUACUUGAAAUGUGAAAAUUGCAUUUGUUUUAAGUUUUAUGCAGUUCAUGAGACUUAAAGCUGAACCGUGGGACUUUUAUAUAUAAUGUUAAUGUGUACACACAAAGACUAUUCACCGUGUGUGCAGCAGGUAUGGUCUCUGUAUUUUGUAAUGUUCCUGAUUCCUGGGCUGGCACGCUGGUUUAGAUCAAUCGGCAGUGACUGGGUUUGCCAGGGCUCGAGAGAGCUGCAGCUAAAGCAAAUGGGAUGGCUUAAAAAACUAGAAAGGGACUAAGAGAGAUCUUUUGCUGCUUCAGAUAAGUGUCACUGGGAGGGAAAGCGGUUGAAAGCCAGUAGAAACAUUUAGCAGUGGUGAAGCCUUGUUCUAGAUUUGCAUCACAAGCACUUGUUGAUGAUAUCUGUGUAAUCUACCUGUUACAAGCCCUGCAUGGCUGGUUUAAAGGGAUUGGAGAAUAGUUUAUGUUGCACUAGUGAGAUACGUGAUUCUAUUCUGUGAAGUGAGUUUAAAAAAAUAUUUUUUAACAGUUUUAUAUUGUCCCUGUGUGGUUUUUUUUUUUUUUUUUUUGAUUUUGUGUCUGUGCCAAUGGAAACUGUUAUGGACGAACUGAGAAUUCUUUCUGAUUUUUAUCCUUUAAGUUUUAAAAAAAAAAUUUUUUUUUUUGAAGAAGCUACUUUUUCUUUGUUGUCUUAUAAUUUAGACUGUCUGUGUUUGAAUGGGAUCUCCAAAGGCUCCUGUUUACCAUACCCUACAAAGUUUAUGUGCCAGUGCUAACUCAUUCCCUUAUUUCACACUGUUGCCAUGGACAACCCAUCCCUAUAGCAACUAAGGGCCUUCAUAGGCUGGCAUGAAUUGAUGGAGAUUUGCUCAGAAUGAAUACACAUGUUAGGAAACAACUGCUUGCUAUGUUAAAGCCCCCACACUUCUUGUAUGAAUCAUAAAAGAAGCUGUUUGUUUCCCUCCGUCUACUUGAAAUGGCCUAGAAUGAGAUGCAGUAAUUGGUAUGCGAUUAUAGAGUCUCUCUGAAAUGUGUCAAAGCUCAUAUGGGGUCCUAUGCAUAAAGCUCUCAUGUGUAGAGCGUAUUUUCACUGGCAUGUUGUGUUCUCAAUAAAAAGCUCUUCAGUGUC